UUAUUGUCAGUCUCGGCAGCGCAGCACAAGGGCAGGACCGUUUCCCGGAGCUGCCCCGAAGCAGCUAGCUCUUCUUCCCAGACGUCACCGUUUCUCAUCCGGUUAUCGCGCCGGAGAGAGUCCCCUCGGAGCGUCGCUGUCGAGGUCGCUGCUCAGCCUCAGCUGGACAUCUCGAGUCGGGAGCCGUCGGAGAGACGCAGCAGAAGCCGCGGAGAAAGUGACGGACGGAGCGGAGCCCGAUCACCGGGAUUUUUUUUUUUUUUUUACAUCGCACCGGUUUAGGAUAUUUCAGGCAGCUGCUUUGCCACCCCGGGGCUUGGUUUUCUUCCAGCCUGCCUUGACACAUCAUCGCUCAGAUAACAUUUCUAAACACCCGCGUGGUGCGUUUCUCCUGAGGUGGUCCAUAGCGAGCAGGCGCACCACUUUAAGCCCGUGCGUAACAGCGCUGGCUGUUGGAAUACUGCGUAGCAGUUCAUCCAUCCAUGCUUUUGAGUGGCAUUUUUUUGGUAUUUGGAGGUAUCUAUAAGUGAAAAGAAGAGAAACCACGACAAUUUUUACUUUGUCCCCAAGGAUAAACGUUGAAAACCCGAAGCGCACUUGGUGCGCAAUCCUUCCGCCGACGCUCCUGAAAUUACCGACCUGCGCUUUUGUACUCGACCAAAAAUUGGCGACCGAGUCGAGAUAAAAAGGGCAAAGCUUAUUAACUUUGCAUGCCAGAGGCCAGAGUGUGGAAUCUAAUCAUCGGGGUUACCGGUUAUAUUCGCAUACCAUCGGAAGAAGAGGAUAAACUUGAUCAACAUUUGACAUCGACAAAGCGUCUGCUGGAUUUUGGAGAACAGAAUGAAUCCGUUUUAAUUGAGACCACAGAAGCACGAGGCAGAUUGCUCAGUGAAUGCUACAAUCUGCAUGGAGUUCUAGUCUGCACUACGGAGCAAUUUAUGAUUAAAGAAUGCAAUUCCUGCAGCUGUGCACGUGUCUAUGGUGUGGUACUUUCCUCUUGUGGUAAAGGUUGGCCGCAUAACUCCCCCGGCUGUAGUACUGUGCCCACCUCGCCAUGCUGGCCUGUCUGCAGAGGAGGCAAAACCCUCCACCCCAGCACCCGCUGUGUGCCAGCAAGACUCUGGAGCCUCUGCAAGCCCUUGGACGGAAAUGUGAGCUUGUGGUGCCCAUACAUUCCCCACGCUACCCCACUGCGGCAGAACUCGAUGCCUUCGCUCAGAAGACGGCCAACAACCCUCUGUCCAUCAAGAUCUUCCCCACCAACAUCAGGGUUCCCCAGCACAAGCACCUUAAUCGGACUGUGAAUGGAUAUGACACCACAGGGCAACGCUAUACUCCUUAUCCACAUAUCCACACAGGGGGCCAUAAUGGCCUGCUGGCCAUUAUCAAGGCUUCCUCAUCUUCAUCCUCAUCAACAGCCGCCUUUGUCCCUUCAAAAGGUGUUCUCAAGAACUCAGAAGGUAGACGGACUAAGGUCUCUCCGGCCCAUAUAGCUGUUGCCCCAUACCCGCCCCCCAAUAGUAGCACUUUAGCAAGUGGCCAUGGCCAAAUGGUAUACCACACUGGGCCCUCAAAGCCCCCAGAGGGCCCCGUGCUAUCGGUUCCCCCGAAUGUCACUGUAGCUGGCUCAGUGAUUCCUGUGACAGGGGGCCGAGGCCUGGCCCUGCCUGCACAGUCUAACCUCCCUUCUAUCCAGAGCAUCAUCUACCAGAUAAACCAGCACUGCCAGGCCCAGGCUCUGCAGCAGGUGUGCCAAGGGGCUGCCACCGCACCAUCAAAUUCCAGCCCCUCCAAGCAGGGCACAACUGUCAUGGGGGUGUCUUCUAGCUCCUCAGGUGGAGGAUACGUGGUAGGAAUGGGUCCCCACGCUAAUAUGGUAUACACAGGGCCUGGGCUGCCAGCUCAAAAUGCUGAGGCUUUGAAGACUGGAGUGUACACAGAUGGUAUGGACUACAUCCUUUGGCAGAAGCAGCAGCAGCAACAGCAGCAGCAGCAGCAUCAUCAUCAGGCCGUGCUCCGCAUGUACAGCGGAGGUAGCGGAGGAGGGGGCGCCAUCAGCAAGUCCCCGGAAACCUGUGUUCCAGGGGGACUCGUGGCGGCACAAGUGUCCUCCUCUUCCUCCAGACCGUACCACCUGACAGUGAGUGCCAGCGGAGGAGGUGGGAUGGACAAAGUCAGCAGUUCCCCUUUGAACUGUGUGGGUAUGCAUGGAAAUUUCUCAGUGGGUCAAUAUUUUGCUCCCCCGUGGAACAGUGUGCUGGUGACACCUGACAGUGACUGCUACAACCCCCAGGAGCUUCUUGCCACCUCCACAGGAGGACCGGUCACGGGGCACAGAGAGAUGGGCUACCCCCAUCACCAUCACCACUACCACCAUCACCACCCUGCUGUAGACAGUGGGGGAGGUAUGUGCUGCAGCCUGCCAAGCAAGAGCCUGUGCAACACAUCAGUGCUGAGCAGCAGCUUGCAGUCUCUGGAGUACCUGAUCAACGACAUCCACCCCCCCUGCAUCAAGGAGCAGAUGCUUGGCAAAGGCUACGAGACUGUGUCUGUGCCACGUCUGUUAGACCACCAGCAUGCACACAUCCGCCUCCCUGUUUACAGAUAGAGUGGGAAGAAGAGAAGAGAAUCAACAGCUGGGAUUUGGUGAAGAAAAUCAAAGUUAAAGAACAGAUGUUUUUUUGUUUUGUUUUUCUAGGUACAUUUUGCUGAAAGUGGCACUGCUUUAACUAGUGUGGGAGCUUAGAAAGACAGUUUUCUGUGCUGUGUGACCUUUUAGAGGCAGGCUGUGGGAAUCCCAAAUACGAAAGGUGGUAGUGCUUGCCAAUGGGAAAGAAAAAGGGAUUUCAAGAUUCUCCAGAUGUUCAAUUGUGUGGUUUGCCAAUAGGAAUUUUGAAUUAAUACAUGUUUUUUUCUUCAGUUCAUUUGUUGUUUUACUCGCCUGAACUCUUUGAUUAGAAUCAUAGCUUGACAUGAAGUGCACACGGCACUUCUAUCCCCUUCCAAAUGCUACGGCUGAAGCUACUGUGUAGGUUGUCACUGAAAGGGUCUUAAAGGGCCAAAGCUUAGGGCUGCUUUCAAAAUCAAAAUCUAAGAGUACACAUAUAAACACACAUAGACAAACGCAUACAGAGAUGCGAUGUACUGAUACAUGAGACUAAAAUUAUACUUGGGUGUAUGUACAAGGAUCAUAGGGUUUAAUUAAAAGAAUAGUAUAAUAUUAGUAGUUAUGGCUGUUUAUAAUUGAUACAUAAAUUGCACUGCUUGAAUCUUGUUAACUUUGAUGUUUGGAAUUGGGUAGUUUGAAUAUGAUAUAUUUAAGAAACUUGAAAAACUUGAACCUAUUUUUUGUUUUAUAUAUUUGUAGCUAUAUUUUAUGCAUUGGCUGCUAUGGGGAGAAGUGUCUCGAUUGCUUUUUUUUAUUUAAUUAUUUUCCUUUUUUGUUAUUUUCAUUUGAUUCCUCCUCAAGCUAAUGUGCAGUUUCUAAUGUCCGGGAGUGAGGCAUAGUCGCUGCUUUGGUUCUGUAAGAACCUGGUCACAGAGCUCUUUUUCCUAACCAACACUGGAAUCUACAAUACAUCUUGAAAUACUUAUUUAAAAAGGAAAAUUUCGCAAAAAAAAAAGAACAUGAUAAAGAAAUGUUACAAUGAAGAAUGUGAUUGGAAGGUUAUCUAUAACCUUACGUGUAUGUUUAUGCGUGUAUGUGGCUGAGUGCAUGCACCUGUGUGCAUUUUAAUUUGUGUUUUUCAAAAUCCUCAGACUUUUUCUUUUCUUUUCUUUUUUUUUUUUUUUCCAAUGGUUUUAAUAUAAGAUUUCUACCACCAAGACUGAAACACUGAUUCCCCAGUCUCAUAAACAUCAUAUCUGUGAAAUAUAGAAGAGCUAUUUUGCUAAUCUAGCUCCCUUUUAUCAGAGGCUUUAGAUAUUCUCUGCAGCUAGAGCAGACAGAUCUGACAUGACUCUGUUCUAGAUGCAGUUGCAGUGCAGCAUCCCCUACAUCUGCCAAAUGUUUAUCAUCGUGACAGAAAGAUGGGGGAACAAAUCAAACUUCUGUUUGGGGGUGCAAGUCACCCCUGAUCCUGCAAACAAAUGCAAUAUGUAAACAAUCAAGCCCAGUCCUGUGGCAUCAGAUGAAACGAGACGAGGCACACUGCUUUCCCUUGUCUGUUUCUGCCCCUGGUUGGGACACAUUUAGCCCGGGCCAGUCUCUACUUGAUGAGUCAGAGCAGUGAAAUAUUUAUUAUGACUGUGAGAUUCCCUUGAAUGUACUGCACUUAAAUUACUGCAAUGUUUUAUUGCCUUUUGAGUGAAAGAGAAAAAUUGGAUCAGUGCAGCAGUCCUCUGGUCCUAAAUUAGCAUUUCUUUUGUCUGUCAAAUUUCAAUGGUAAAUUGAAUUUAGUAACUGGAGAGAGGGAGUCGGAGCUUUGUUAUGGGGGGAAAAACUGGCAUCAGUCUAGAUUUAUAAAGUGCAAUUAUUAUGACUGUAUUAACAUUUUUCUCUGAGCUUACACCAAAAAAAAUGUAAACUACAGUUGUCAAUACAUUCCCAAUGUACCACAUCCCCAAUCCCUUCCCCUUUUUGUUUUGCGGUGUAAAAUAAAUUUCUUUAAGAAUAUAUUCAGAAGCCA